AUGAUAGCGUUUCUCCACAUGAUCAAGUUUGCUAUGAAUAACGCAGUUCAUGAGUCAACCGGACUGACACCCUUAUUCUUCAACAACGCUCGUCAUACUCGACCUCAUGUUCUUCUCGGUAAACCUGAUCUAUCUACUCUUGGUGGGGGAGGGAUACCAGACGAUCUGGCAACGAGUUACAGUGCUCCAGCGACUACUUCGCCACAUUUUGACCGUGGCGACUAUGCAGAAGGACUGGCAUCUACUGAAGAUACAACAGCGAACGCGUCGCCAUGUGACCAUAACGACCCUAGGACUGUGUCUGUCACAAGUGGACUGACAUCGGCAGUUUUCGAGACAGCAGUGAUCACUGCUCACGCCCGCUCAUCCACGCGAGGCAAUUAUCGACCACUGAAUGUCGACGACACGACUUGGUGGGUCACCGAGUCUUCAAUCAACCUCACGCGCCGUUCAGACCAUUUCAGACACUCUCAACGAGCUUCACCUACGCUUGACUCGUGCUCAGAGGCAUCGCCGACGAGCGAUCGUCUUAAUGAAUCGGCGGACAUCAAAGCGUUUGUCCAACAGCGUCAAUUUGUCACGCGUUUUGUGUGUGACGCUAUUGCAAAUGCUGUCGAUAAACAGAAAGCGGCCGCUGAAAAGCGCGGUCGCACCAAUCAUGAGAAGUUAACUAUUGGCGACAAGGUACUACUAUCGAAAACAGGUAUUUCAGACACGGCUAAUACCAACGUUGGUUGA